UUGCCAUGACAACUGCUGAAUCACUCUCCACCCAGUCUGCAGCCUUCCUCUAAUGUCAUCUUCCUAUGCAGCAUGGUCGUCCACCAUUCAGGCCCGAAUUAGUGUGCAGAUUAUCACAGCAACUUUCUGAUACAUUUUUUAUUUUUUAUUUUUUCCUGAGGAGUUGAGCAGCAAUCAGCCUGAUGGGUAACGUACCCACUACAGUGAAGCACUGCCUGAGCUAUAGGCAAAUCAUCGAGGAAUACCCUUGGUUUAGAAGCUGGCUGCAGGAAGAAAAGAUCAUUAUCAAACAUGACUAUCCAGAGUUUGUGAAAAUUGUUGAAGUUGGGCCAAGAGAUGGACUUCAAAAUGAAAAGGAAAUUGUUCCAACAAGGGUGAAAAUCCAGCUGAUAGACAUGCUCUCAGCAACAGGUCUGUGUGUGAUAGAGGCCACCAGCUUUGUCUCUUCAAAGUGGGUACCGCAGAUGGCAGACCACACAGAUGUGGUCAAAGGAAUUCAGAGAGUGCCUCAUGUUCAAUAUCCUGUUUUGACUCCAAACAUCCAAGGUUUUCAGGAUGCAGUUGCAGCGGGUGCCACGGAAGUGGCUGUGUUCGGGUCGGCUUCUGAAACCUUCAGUAGAAGAAAUAUCAACUGUUCUAUUUCUGAAAGCAUACUGCGGUUUGAGGAGGUCAUUAGUGCUGCCAAGGAUCGACAAAUCCCUGUUCGUGGGUACGUUUCUUGUGCCCUUGGGUGUCCCCAUGAGGGACACAUCGAACCCUCGCAAGUUGCUGAGGUAGCAAAAAAGUUGUAUGAAAUGGGCUGUUAUGAGAUUUCCUUGGGAGAUACUAUUGGUGUUGGUACGCCUGGCUCCAUGUUCAAGAUGCUGCAGACGGUGAUGAAUGACGUCCCCAUCAGUGCUCUUGCCGUUCACUGCCAUGACACUUAUGGUCAAGCACUUCCUAACAUCCUUACUGCUCUUCAGAUGGGCGUCUCUGUGGUGGACUCUGCAGUGGCAGGCCUCGGUGGUUGCCCCUACGCUCAGGGUUCAUCUGGCAACGUUUCAACAGAGGAUGUUCUUUACAUGCUCCAUGGCAUGGGCAUUGAAACUGGAGUGAACCUUGACAAAGUCAUAGAAACUGGUGACUUUAUAUGCAACGCUUUAGGUCGCAGGACAAACUCCAAGGUGGCUCAGGCAAGAAGCAGGACACUUUGAGGAUGCUAUGCACAUUUAUACAACUCUUGCUUUUUGAGGGUGUAUUCUGUUGUUUUUCUUUUCAGAUCUGUUUUCUGCACCUUUGUAUUUGAAUUUAUUGAACUUCUGACUGCUAGGACCUUAAUAGUGUUCAGAACCAGUCCAAGUUGUCCAAGGUAGAAAGUUGAUCUAUGGGCUCACUCUACCAUCUUCCACAGCAUCACUGAGCAUGCUUUUAAAUGUGCUGUGCCUGGUCGUUUAUUCAUUCUGCAUUAACUACAGCUAAUGUUAACAUUAACUAAAGAUCCAGUUUCUACCCAACAGGUUAAAGUGUUUCUUUUCCCUGCUAAAUUGCAGCUACAAUCUAAACCACCCAAAGAACCCAAUCAUUUUGCCAAAAAUGAAGGAGUCAGAGCUCCUUAUUUUUUUUAAUUUUUAAUUUUUUUUAUCCCUGAUUGAAAUGACUGUGAUCAUACUGAAGGUUAAAGUUAAUUGCUAUUUAUUUUUGUGUCUGUCUUGCCAAGUUGCAAUAUAUAAUAAAAAGAUGGUAUCUAAAAAGA